AUGGCUGAUCAGUGGAAGGAGCUUAGUGGUGAGAGGAACUGGGAGGGUCUCUUGAAACCUCUCAACGGUGAUCUCCAAACGCGGAUAGAACUCUAUGGUGAAAGAAUUCAAGCUAUUUGUGACUCCAUGACGGAUGAUAAAAGACAUCCUACCCAUGAAAAGGAAGAUUUAUUUUCUAAAGUUAUCAUGAAAACAGACGAAUUUGGCAAGUUAUAUACUGUGACCGACUAUAUAUAUGCUAUGUCAGAUGUUCCUUCCUGGAUCGAUUGGAUUGUUAAGGACCGAUCUGCAUGGAUUGGUUAUGUGGCAGUAGCAACAGAUAAAGGAAAGGAAGUAUUAGGAAGAAGAGACAUUUUGAUUUGCUGGAGAGGAACUUAUUCUAAGGCCGAGUGGAUAAAAGAUUUUGAGUUCUCUGGGACCCAAGCGUCAAACAUUCUUGGGAAAACCCAUAACCCACAUGUGCACAAAGGAUUUCUCUCCCUCUACAAAUCGCCAAAUACUGAACCCGUGUGCAAUAAUUUGAGUGCCAGAGAUCAGGUGCUGAAUGCAGUGAACAGAUUGGUGAAUAAGUUUGACUAUAGACAUGAGGAAAUUAGUAUAACAGUAACAGGCCACAGCUUGGGAGCAGCACUUGCAACAUUGAACGCAACUGAUAUAGUUUUCAAUAAGUAUAAUGAGUGCAGAGGGUCAGAAAAAAAAUGCAUGGUCACAGCCUUUGCGUUUGCAAGCCCCAAGGUUGGUGACAAGGGAUUCAGGAACGUCUUCAAUGGACUCAACAAUCUUCAUCUCUUGAAUAUUAGAAAUAAAGGUGACAUUGUUACAAGAGUUCCUCCCUAUCCCUACAAAAAAGUGGGAACAAAGUUACAAAUUGGGAGUUACAGGGAAGGAUUAUACAAACUUAUUAAGGACGGAAAAUCAAAACUUAAGAAGAUGCAUCAAUUUCGAAGUUUGCCACGAGAUUUAUUUGGUAAAUCGUUUCAAUUUCAUCGUUUGCAGGAGUAUCGCAUUAUGGCGCAAAAAAUUCUUACUUAGCUGGUAAUCAUCUCCUAAAUGCAAUUGGCGUUUGGAGAUUUAUUGCCCUCCUAAAGUGUUAACGAUGUUACCAUGCAGAGCAAGCUGCAACAUUAAGCAAAUUCAUGUUUUUAAGUCUUUUUACAA